AGACGACUCAGCAUUUUUAUUAUAGAAACCAAAUCGAACUCAAGUACUCGAAAUCCCGACAUAUCGUGCUCGGCCAUAACCAGUUAACGGAUUCGGAUUUUCGUUUCGACCAAAAGUAGAUCGUCAAGAUCGCAAUCAUUAUAACUGCUCGUUGAACUUUAUUUUCUACGCGCAUGUUACUCAACAACAACAAAAACAAAACCAAAUAAUAUCAACUUCGAAAUACGCAAUUUUUGGCCAAUUAACGGUGCAAGAUAAGAAUUACCAAUACAGAUAUCUACCAACUUUAUGCAACAUGCAUUCAUCAAUUCUGGAAGACUCGCCCAAUGCGCGCAUCAACAAGACCAUUCUGGACCGUUAUCUGACCCUGCCGCUAGAGGAGAACAUUGUGCAGGCCACGUACGUGUGGAUCGACGGCACUGGCGAGGAUCUGCGCUGCAAGGAUCGUACACUCGACUUUAUACCAUCAAGCCCAAAGGAAUUGCCCGUUUGGAAUUACGAUGGCAGCUCUUGCUAUCAGGCGGAGGGCAGCAACUCGGACACCUAUCUGUAUCCGGUGGCCAUCUAUAAGGAUCCCUUCCGGCGUGGCAACAACAUUUUGGUCAUGUGCGAUACCUACAAGUUCGAUGGCACACCGACGGCCACCAACAAGCGCAAAUCUUGCCUGGAGGUGGUGAACAAGUGCAUCGACGAGGAGCCUUGGUUUGGCAUUGAACAGGAGUACACGUUCCUUGACUUCGAUGGCUAUCCACUUGGCUGGCCCAAGAACGGUUUCCCAGGACCACAGGGUCCCUACUAUUGCGGCGUGGGUGCCAAUAAGGUCUAUGCACGCGACAUUGUCGAUGCCCAUUACCGUGCCUGUCUCUAUGCAGGCGUCAAGGUGUCCGGCACCAAUGCGGAGGUGAUGCCCGCUCAGUGGGAAUUCCAGGUGGGCCCCUGCCUGGGCAUAUCGAUUGGCGACGAUCUAUGGAUGUCGCGAUUCCUUUUGCAUCGCAUCUCCGAGGAGUUUGGCAUUGUGGCCACCCUGGACCCCAAGCCGAUGCCGGGUGACUGGAAUGGUGCGGGCGCCCACACCAACGUGUCCACAAAGGUGAUGCGCGAGGACGGCGGCAUACGAGAAAUCGAGAAGGCCGUCGCCAAGCUAUCCAAGUGCCACGACCGACACAUUCGCGCCUACGAUCCCAAACAGGGCCAGGACAAUGCACGCCGUCUGACCGGCAAGCACGAGACGAGCUCAAUCAACGAUUUCAGCGCCGGUGUCGCCAAUCGCGGCUGCAGCAUACGCAUACCUCGCGGCGUUAACGACGACGGCAAGGGCUACUUUGAGGAUCGACGCCCCAGCUCCAAUUGCGAUCCGUAUUCGGUUGUGGAGGCCAUUCUGCGCACCAUCUGCUUGGACGAGUAGAACACCAGCCGCAUCUGCAUCUGCAUCUCCAAAUCUAGCGGAGCUCGAUGUUGUUCACCUGACCCGGACCCGCCGCAAUCCCAGGCGGAGUAAGCAUAGGCGUAGCCAGACACAAUCAAAACAUUUACUAUACAAUGUGUACCCAACGUAGAUUUUUUUUUUUUUUUUUAUUGUUCGGUCCAGUUCUAAACGAGACCAUUUAAGCAGAUGUUAAAGAUAUAUAUAUAUAUAUGCAUAAAGAGCUUUUUUUUGUUGUUAAACAUUGUUGUUAGGUUAUAGAGAUUAACGGAGCACGUUGAAGAAGUAGGUUUAAAGCGAUCGAUUGUUGCCCAUUGAAGGGUCCACAACAACAUUAACAAGUACACCACCCACCCACCCACCAAACCCCACCAAGCUGAACAUGAUGAACCGAGAACCGAUGGGUAGCAAAACAGAGAAGACAACGUUCCGGCUACCGGAGGGAAACAUAACUAUUAAUGAUAUUAUUUAAACAUUAAUUAAUUACCUAAAAUAUCAAUACCUAUAUAUACGCAUACAAACAUACGUACAUACAUAUACUCCUUAGUUAAGUAAAUGCACGAAAAAAAAUUCAAA